AUGUCGGUCAAUGCUUCUGUAAGCGCCACUGAAGACCUUCCACCGGGCUUUAAGCGACUUCCAGACGGUACUUACCAAGCCGUAUACAACGUCGAUGUCAUCUUCACAAAUAUAAACUACGGCUCAGAUUUUCGCGGCAUACGAUCAGGGACCGACAAAUCCCUUCAGGAUGCAAUUUUGCAAGUUGCGAAGCACAUUUCACGCGGGUUGUACAAAGUUGUGAGCUUGAAUGCGAGCGAACAUAUGCUUACUGUUAUUAUUUCGACAGAGUUAUCGAGAGAUGAGCUCAUGUACAAAAAUGGGUUUCCCUGGGAUAUGGAAGAUGACCCGCAGCCGGAUGUUGUGUUGAAAUGA